AUGGAAGUAACACCUACAGAAGUUCGAAAUGGUUCUACAAGUACACCAUCUAUCAAUAAUAGGAGUGUACGACAAAAAAUAACAAGUCCACUUGUAUGCAAAGUUUGUGGUAGUUCUGCUCAAUAUUCAUAUUACGGCGCUAUUGUAUGUUUUUCAUGCAAAGUAUUCUUUAGACGAAAUGCACUAAAUCGAUCGGUUCCACUUAAAUGCAAUUCUGGUGAUCAUUGUGAAAUAAAUGUUAAUAAUCGUCGAAUUUGUUCAUCUUGUCGACUUGCCAAAUGUUUUGCACGUGGAAUGACUGUUGAAAUGAUUCGAUCUUCUUGGACCAAACAAACUAUGAUAAAUCGAAAGAAAAAAUCAAUAUCAACAGCUUUAGUUAGAUUAGCUGACAGAAAUCAACUUGCACAGAUUCCAACAUUAAAUUUAUUACGAUCAGAUAUAUCUACAUUGACCGUGGAUCAAUGGAAUCAUCUUUCAAAUUUAGUCCAUUGCUUUGAUGAACAUACUGAACAUUCAUUUAUUGAACAUUUUAUUCAUGAGCAAAGUGCAUUACCUCCAAAAUUUCGGUUCAAAUAUGCAUCAGUCCGUAACUUUUUUACAUCGAUGAUGAGUAAAGUUCAAUUAGUAUUUGAAAAGAAUCGAGACAUUUUUUCGUUAUCUUUACAUGAUCGUAGUACAUUGCUUCGUAGUACAGUGGAAUAUACAACAAGUAUUGGUGGGGCCUUUAUACUUCGACAAGCUCAAUUGUUCGACAAUCCGGUGUUUUUCAAAUCUGCCGAGCUUAUCUUUCGACCAUCUGCAAUAGCUUUGACUAAACAUCUUAUUGAUCAACUCGAUGCAGAUAUAACAUUUAUCAAAAUUAUAUUUGCAGUUGUUGCUUUCUU